AUAUGUCUGAGAUAUUUUUUCACGUUAAACUUUAUGACGUCACGUCCAAGACCAUUGAAUGAGACCCUUCGCGGCCCAUACAGCACCAUUGACUCACCGUGUUUACGGUAAGAAAGGAGGGGCGGGUGGGAUCUUUAUAGUGGUUGUUUUACUACGAUAAUAUCGAUCGUUUCUUGACGCCAGUUUCACACGAUAACGUGCGUUGGAAGUGGAUGGUCCUGUGUAAAACGAAACCGAAAGUCGACGAACCGGUGCAGCGAUUUGUGGUUUCAAAGACUUUGUACUAGAAUUUUAACUUUCUAAGACCGUGACGACCUUGCAUGGGUCACUUUAAAACUGCCUACUUCAGCCCUUUGAUAAAGAUCUUCAUGGUACCUGUUGAAAACAAGCCGAAUACCUUAAAACUAAACAGCGUGGCUAGACAGUCUAGUAGAUAUUCAGCCAGAGAUCCAAGAUUAAGACGUUAAUCUAUUAUUUGAAUCAGUCUUUACUGCCAGUAUUAUUCGUAGCAUAGUAAGAUAUGGAGUUAGACGAAAAAUCUUCUGUAGUAUUGAGAAAUCGCGCGCCAAAAGAUAAUUUAAAAAUCCAAGAUGCAGUGCGUGAAUCUUUGCUAACUGAUUCCACAUCGGGUAUAGUUAAAGGCGACGGUGAUACUACAAGUGUUGGUUCUACAUCGUUCUCUAGUCCAGAAGUGGAAGUUAGUAAUAAAGACUUACUUGCCGUUAAUGGUAAGGAAAAUCAUAAAGGUCUCGAUGGACAAUGCACAAAAGUAAAAAUUGAUAUAGACAAUGAAAUAAAAGAUCAUGUUAAGGAAAACGACGUGAAAGAAAAACAAAAACUUAUUAAGGUCUCUGAAGUUCCUAAAGCGAAGAUACCAGACGGUGGAUGGGGAUGGGUGGUUGUAUUUUCUUCAUUUGUCAUCUCAAUGAUUGCUGAUGGUAUAAGUUUCUCAUUUGGAUUGCUGUAUAUGGAAUUCCUUGAAGAAUUUAAAGCUAGUAAAGCAACUACAGCAUGGAUUGGAAGUCUUUUUAUAGCUGUACCCCUUUUAUCAGGGCCAGUAAUGAGCGCUCUGGUGGAUAGAUAUGGUUGUCGAAGCAUGACAAUACUGGGAGGUUUAAUUUCCACGCUUGGUUUUGUACUGGCGUCAGUUUCAAAUUCGAUUGAAUUGAUGAUGUUGACGUUUGGCGUGAUUGCUGGUCUGGGCCUCGGUCUUGUCUACGUCACUGCGGUUGUUUCUAUUGCUUAUUGGUUUGAAAAGAAACGGAAUCUUGCGGUUGGUUUAGGAGCUUGUGGCACUGGGGUUGGUACAUUUAUCUAUGCUCCAAUGACCCAAUAUUUUAUAGAAGAAUACGGUUGGAGAGGUACAAUUCUCUUGUUGGCUGGUACUUUGCUUAAUUUGUGCGUCUGUGGGUGUGUUAUGAGAGAUCCUGAUUGGUGGAUCUUGGAGCAGAAGAAGGAAAAAUCUGAAAAGGACGAUGAGAAGUCUACGAAAGAUGAUCUGAAAUCUAAAAAUUCUAGUUCCGCCUCAAUUGCCAAUUCCGUAACUUAUAAUGAUAAUGAAUAUUCCCGUGGGAAAAACAUGAAGCGUCUUAUAUCAAAGGGUGUUCCCGCAGAGAAAGUGAUAAAAGAUGAAGUAGCUACUAUACGGCGUCGUGAAAUCAUGGUAUUAAUGAAAAAGAAGAACGAUGAGAGGAAAUCCAGAUCUCUGAUAGAUAUGCCAACGAACAUGAGCAAUGUAGUUGAGAUGAACAGUGGCUUUACAAACACAAGCAAAGAGUGUGAUGAUGGCAUGAAGUACGUGUCAUUCGCAAGUAAUAUACACAAUCGAGAUGUAGCUAUAAGGAAAAGUCUAGAAGCUAAUGUGAUUACUCAGCCGCUUGUUAAAAAUAAAGAUGAAGUAGCAGAAAAUAAUGCAAAUGUUGAAAAGACAAAAGACGAUGAGAAAUCGAUUGAUGAUCAAAAUAAAGCAAUAAGAAGAUCAAUGUCUGAAGCAAAAGAUCUGAGACCGCUCUUGAAACAAGACAGCAAAGACAAUAGACGCGAUUGGUUUAAAAAGCAAUUAUCUGUUAAUCAUCAUUAUUUACGUGAUUUGAAAAUGCCAUUAAAUUCUAUAAGCCAUAGGAACGCGAUAUUGAAUAUAAAACGUUAUAAGUUGAAGGCCUCGUCUUGCCCUGAUAUAUUUAAAAAUUCAAUGAUGACUGUUAAUGAAGAGGAGGAGAAUUGGUACGACGAUUGCGUCACCGUACUAGCGGACAUGUUCAACGUGGAACUGUUCAAAGAGGUCACGUUCAUCAUUCUCUGUGUCGGCACCAUCAUCAUAUUCGUCUGGUUCAUUGUGCCGUACUUCUAUCUCGCUGAGCACAUGGUGAACAACGGGUACAGUGAUGAUGAUGGCGCGGUGAUGUUGAGCUUGAUAGGCAUCACCAAUACUAUUGGCAUGGUGGGCCUGGGUUGGAUAGGGGAUUUUCCCAGUGUUUCCAUCGGCAAUUUAUACGCAGCUUGUCUCUUGUUCUGCGGCGCGUCAGUAGCUGCUAUACCUAUAGUGGUCUCGAAUUAUUGGCUCUUGGCCUUCGCUUGUGGAACAUUUGGCUUGAUGUUUGCCGCCUCCUUCACUUUUGUACCAAGUUUGCUGGUGAAGCUGAUCUCGCUGGAUGACUUUACGUCGGCGUAUGGGCUGGUGCUGUUGGCUGAGGGGAUCGGCCAUUUGAUUGGCCCACCGUUGUCUGGCCUCAUAUACGACCUGACAUUCUCGUGGGAGUUGUCCUUUUACCUUGGCGGGGGCUGGAUUAUAAUGGCUGGUGUACUCACAGCCUUCAUUCAACCGAUCAGAUCCUACCAGCAGAGGAGAGCAACAGAACGAAAUACAGAGAUUAUAUGAAUUACAUUCAUCAAUAAGUUGGUUUAGUUAUUUGCUGAUAGUUUAGAAUCUAAACAUCAAACGAUUUGAGAAAUUUUGAAAGAAUAGAAAAAAUUCGAUCACGGGGCGGGAUUCGAACUCACGUUUUUUGCUAAACCGUAGCAACGCCUAGCCUCUCGGCCACCCGUGAU